UCUUCUUCGCUACCCGUUUGUUUCGCGUCUCUUUCCUUCUCUUCAUCUCUUUUCCUCUUCUCUCUUUCAAUUGCCAGAAAUUUGCAAGUGGCUGCGUCACUUCCCAAACCCAGAUUCCGUCUCAUCAUCCCUAUCUGAUCCGUCCCUCCUAAUCACACACUUCUCUUGGUGUUUGCCCUCUCUUUUUGGUUAAUUUACGCUUUUGCCUUCCCAUUCCUUUUCAAUCAAAACUCUCUCAACAGCCAGACAGCCAUGAAUACCAAAACGAUGCGUUUGCCCCCACGGCGUGUGUUAACGCCUGGCGCUUCCCCUCAUAACAACAACAAGCGUAAAGAGAGAGAGGAAGGCUUUGACAGGCCCAAGCCCAGCCCAUCCAACACUCCAACUACUUUAAGCACAAGCAAAUUGCUCAAGCUGGACAAGCCGAGAGCUGGUUUCGAGCCACCCCGCUACAGUGUUAAAGGCUUGGAACCGACCAAGUCCAAUCAGCUACUGGCGGGCUUCCUGGCCCACGAGUUCCUCACCAAAGGGACUCUCUUCGGCGAACCUUGGGAUCCAGCCCGAGCAGCUGAGGGUCCCACUGAGGCCGAUAAGAGAAAAGGGAAGUCGAGCCAGAUAGGAGAAGGCGAGCCGGCGAGCAGGAGAGCGGAGCCGGAGAAGCAGGGAAGGUAUGCAGAACUAGCAGACUUGAUGAGAGCGAGCGGGACCCACGUACCUGGGAUUGUGAACCCCACCCAGCUCUCUCGGUUCUUACAUUUGUGAUCCAACUGUGACCCCCACGAUAACACGUGGAGGGAUCCCAUUGGAUAUAUCUGCCUUCGAUGCAGAGGAUAGGAAAAUUUUCUGUUGUAGGUUCCUAUGAUUCCCCUACUUUUGUUCGUAGGAUUUUGUGUGAGAAUCGCCAAAUCUGCGAUUGUGGUUUUGCCCAUCCAUGCAGGCAUCGAUCUACCUGUUCUUGUUCAUUCAAAUGCUUGGAUCUGAUCUGAUUUGCAUGCAAGAAAUACUUGCCUCUUCAUCCAAACAAGUUUCAAUGUUAGAAUUUGAACUUAUCCCCC